AUGGGUUCGGCGGCAACAAUGGCGAUGACGGCACUCUAUUUCACCAAAUCAACCAAACUCACUUCUUCCUUCCGCACUCUCCCUCGCCUCACCUGCUCUUCCCUCCCCUCUUCUCCUCUCAAAUCCAACAUCUCCUUCUCUCCCUCCAACCCUAAACCUAAACCCGACCCUAAACUCGAUAACUCGAACCAUUUCCCCGACGACGGUGACACCAUCCCGUGGAAUGUUCGAGGCGAAGAUGGAAACUUCAAACUCUCGUCUGAAUCUCCUCCAACCUUUCUCAAAGCCAUGACCAAUGCCUCAACAGGUACCAAAAAAUCAGAGAAGAACCAAACUGUGAAAGCCAAGAAGAAAAAUGAAAAGGAAACUAAGGUCUGUGAGGUGGCGCCGCCGCAGUAUUCCAAAGCGGCAAGGAGAUUCUACAAUGAAAAAUUCAAGGACUCCGGUACGCGUCUCAGCAAGGUUCUCGCUGCUUCUGGAGUUGCGUCCAGGAGAAGCUGUGAAGAGCUUAUUUUUGAAGGCAAGGUUACAGUUAACGGUUCCGUCUGUAAUACACCUCAGGUGGUUGAGGCAAUGGCUUCUCUUAACGAGAAACCGAUUAUUCUGGCUCUUUCCAACCCAACAUCACAAUCAGAAUGUACAGCAGAAGAAGCUUACUUGUGGAGCAGGGGGAGCGCGAUUUUUGCAAGUGGGAGCCCAUUUCCGCCAGUCGAAUAUAAGGGCAAAGUGUUCGUGCCUGGCCAGUCGAAUAAUGCAUACAUAUUCCCUGGGUUUGGCCUAGGUUUAAUAAUGUCUGGUACCAUUCGCGUGCACGACGAUCUUCUUCUGGCUGCAUCUGAGGCAUUGGCUGAACAAGUAACAGAAGAAAACUUUGAGAAGGGUCUGAUAUUUCCACCAUUCACAAACAUCAGAAAGAUUUCAGCUCACAUUGCUGCCAAAGUUGCUGCUAAGGCUUAUGAGCUUGGUUUGGCGACUCGUCUUCCUCAGCCGAAAGAUUUGGAGAAGUUUGCUGAGAGUUUUUAUCUUAUGAACAUGACAGCAAAUGUUCGUAUUUGGAAAGCCUUGAACUCACAAUCAGACGGUGACCACCUUGGCCUUAUUAAAAAAGUGUUGCGGCCUUGUCAUGAUGGUGGAGAAAACUGCAAAUUUUGUAGUCAAUAUUCUUACACUAAAGAAGACAUAAUUCAUUCUCAAAAUUUGAAUGAUUCACAGGAAGAAGUUGUUUCAAGCUGUGUUGGAAUGACUCAGGUAAAGUUUCUAGUAAUUGACGAAGCGGCCCAGUUGAAAGAGUGUGAAUCCACAAUCCCCUUACAGCUACCUGGUCUUCAACAUUGCAUUCUUAUAGGUGAUGAGAAGCAACUUCCAGCACUGGUGAAAAGCAAGAUUGCUGAUAGUUGUGGAUUUGGAAGAAGUAUGUUUGAGAGACUGGUAAUAUUAGGGUACAAGAAACAUAUGCUUAAUGUUCAGUAUCGAAUGCAUCCAAACAUAAGCUUAUUUCCAUGCAAAGAGUUCUAUGAUCAAAAGAUAUCAGAUGCCCCUUUUGUUAUGGAAGAAAGCUACAAUAAGAGUUUCCUUGAAGGAGAAUUAUAUUCGUCUUAUUCUUUUAUUAACAUUGCUAAGGGAAAGGAGAAAUCUGGCCGCUGA